AUGUACACAGCUCUCAAUCUGCCUCCUCCACAAUCGCCUCAUCAUCAAGUUGCCGGGACUUCCGACUACUGCCUGCACCCUGAUCCGAAUUCCGACAUAGAUAUCACUCUGGCUGGCAUUUUCUGGAAUCGGGCGGCUUCGGAGCCACCCAUUGCUGCUGCGCAGCUUCAGCCUGUAACCAUGACGCGACCGCCAGCGACGCCACAGCUGUCACCACAGUUCUGCUUCUCGACAAGUACAUUACGAGGUAUGCUACGAACCCUCGAACCCAAGCUAAAUCUAAUGAGUGCAGAAUUUUUCCGCUUCUCGCGCUCGGCUGUCGACGACACAAUCAGCCAAAAUCUAAACGCUCUGGUAACGCCCGCUCGUGGCGGCUUUGAUCCGAGUUCAACCUCACAAAGAACAUCAAGAAAACUAGGGGGGGAUAUCAAUGUGGAACGAUGUGCAAUAUUUCUCGACAAAAUUUUAUUCCCCGCGUGGGAUUCCCGGGCGCAGGUUUUUGAAUACUGCGCUGCUGUGGCUUCAAGUCCUGACCCUGACGAUCCCGAAACUGCCCUGCGAGAGCUCCAAAGGAAGCAGGAUAGCAAACGAGUUGUUGACGAACGUCUUGAUCCAUACUCGGGGCGGUUUUAUCCUUGUGAAAGUCGAACUGAGCUACUGGCGUCAACUCUUCGCCAGGAGCGUGUUAUUGAGGAUAUAGUUCGGCACCGCACAUGGGAGGUAAUUCAGGAUCGCUGCCAGGAGCCGCCCAAAGAUUGGCAAGCCGCCAUUGACAUUUGGAAGAAGCAUUCUGCAAACCGUAAAUAA